UCUUCCAUUGAAAUCGGACGCAACAGCGAUAACUCACAGGUCUUUGGUGCUUUCUCUCGUCGCACCCGCCGAACCAGCAAAAUGGGCGUCACCAACAAGAAAACCCUGACCAAGACGCGAAGGAAGACGAGGGAUGUCGACCAAAUCAAGGCCGAUUUGCGCUCGCCGCGCCACCUCCAACGUUUCACGGGAUCGAAAGCAAAGGAGGAUCUUCCGGGAUUAGGUCAACAUUAUUGCAUCGAAUGCGCCAAAUGGUUUGAGACUGAGGUCAGCCUCGUGGGACACCGUAAAGGAAAGCCUCAUAAGCGCAGGGUCAAGCAGCUGAAGGAGGAACCGUAUACCCAGAAAGAGGCAGAGGCCGUCGUUGGCAUUCGAACAGACGACAAAGGCCCCAACAAGGGAGGCCCCGAGAAGGCCCUCGACCAGGAGAUCGAGAUGGAGACCUGAGAUACGCUUGCCCCUUGCCCACAAGUCUACCGUGGCUCAAGAGUAGACGCUAGAUGAUACCCUUUCACGACAUAAUGUACUGGAAUCGCCAUCA